AUGUCCGCCUUUGCAGAUGGGACGGCAGGCCAACGUGCUCGUGGUGGCGGAAAGCGCAACGGCGGCAGGGCUGCCGCGGCCAAGGGCAGUCCCUCGGGCAGGCAGUCGCAGGAUGCGGAUGGGGGCGACGAGGGGGAUCAUGCCGAGCCGGUCACUACCCGUGGUGGCGGAAAGCGCAACGGCGGCAGGACUGCCGCGGCUAAGGCCGAUCCCUCGGGCAGGCCGGCGCAGGAUGCGGAUGGAGGCGACGAGGGGGAUCAUGCUGGGCCGGAAGCUCGUGGUGGCGGAAAGCGCAUCGGCGGCAGGGCUGCCGCGACCAAGGGCGGUCCCUCGAGCUCGCAGGAUGCGGAUGGUGGCGACGAGAAGGAUCAUCCCGAGCCGGAAGCUCGUGGUGGCGGCAUGCGCAACGGCGGCAGGGCUGCCGCGGCUAAGGGCGGUCCCUCGGGCAGGCAGACGCAGGAUGCGGAUGGUGGCGACGAGAAGGAUCAUGCCGAGCCGGAAGCUCGUGGUGGCGGCAUGCGCAACGGCGGCAGGGCUGCCGCGGCUAAGGCCGAUCCCUCGGGCAGGCCGUCGCAGGAUGCGGAUGGAGGCGACGAGGGGGAUCAUGCCGAGCCGGAAGCUCGUGGUGGCGGCAUGCGCAACGGCGGUAGGGCUGCCGCGGCCAAGGGCGGUCCCUCGGGCUCGCAGGAUGCGGAUGGUGGCGACGAGAAGGAUCAUGCCGAGCCGGAAGCUCGUGGUGGCGGCAUGCGCAACGGCGGCAGGGCUGCCGCGGCUAAGGGCGGUCCCUCGGGCAGGCACUCGCAGGAUGCGGAUGGUGGCGACGAGAAGGAUCAUGCCGUGCCUGCAUGCCGUGGCGUUAACGAUCAUGAUGAGGACGAGCCAGCAGCAGUGACUGAUGGGAAAGGCGGACGUGAAGCUGUGAUUCCGUACCAACGGCGCAAGGCUGUGGAUCCGGGCAGUUGCGACCAUAAGGCGAGACAAGCUCGGCACGGCCCCAAUGUGCACGUUUCGAGCUCGUCUGGUUCCGAGGAAGAUUCGAGCGACAGUGAGUCGGGCAGCUCAUCCGGGAGUGAGGAGGUAUACGAGGACGAGGAUGAGGAGGAGGAGGACGAGGAUGAUGAGGAGUUGGAGCCGGAGAGCGAGGAUGGGGAGGAGGCUCGGCCUUUGAAGAGGAGGAGUGUGCGGAAGCUCAAGAAGGGCAACGCUAAGCAAAAAUCGGAGAGGGGACGGGUGAAGAGCUGUAAACAGAGUGUGCGUCGUGCCAAACCACAUGGCAAGCGCCAGAGACCUCGAUUCGAAGCUAAAAUUGUGGGUGUUCGUAGCAAGGCGAAGCGGGAGUUGAAUUUUUACGAGUCCAUGGGGAUACGAUGUACAUCAAGCUCUCAUGAUCGGCAAGCCGCGGACCCGUACGCUGCGUUACGCGAUCCGAUGGGUUCGGCUGGGAAGGGAGAUCCGAUGGCUUGGGGGUCAGCGCGGUCCGGCACGGAAGCGACGGACCCGCCCCCCAGCCAUAUGGGGGGUCGCGCGGUUCAUGUGAAAAACGAGGGGGCAACGAAGCGGCACGAACCCUCGGCAGCUGCAGCAGCGAAUGACGGUGUGGGAGGAGGUGUGUGGGCGAAUGCCUUGGGUGAAUGUGGCGGCGGUGUGGAAGGCUCCAUGUGGGAUGUACGGGAGAGCAAGGGAGAAGGGGGGGACGAGAAAAUGGAUCCGGCGACUAAGGAGGGGAGGGGAGAGAGCAUGGGCACACCUGGCGCAUCCAGUCGGCCGGAUGUGGCUGGCGGCAGGACUGUGGAGCAGCUCAUGCGAGAGCUUGCCCAGCGGGAUCGCGAAAUCGCUGCACUCAAGGCAAGGCCAGGAUCAGAAGGACCUGUCAAGCCCUGCACCCCUCCAUCUAGGCCUCCUCCUCUAGCAUCUCUGUCAAGCGGCCCAUCUGUAGGGGGCCUCGAUCCAGGCGUGGCGCCAGAAAGCCCAGCGACGGUAGACGUACCGGUCCGUCGAACGCGUGGGAUGCCCACACCCAAGCUGCUGAAGUUAUCCAUCCUCCAUUGGCCCCUCUCUUCCAUCCCUUCCCACCCUAAACCAGAGCCCCUGUUCAUGGUGCUGGUGCUGGUGUGGGUGGCACGCGGCGCAAGGAUAGCUCAUUGUAGCAGUUAUCCUUCCUAUCCCUCCCCCCUCUCUCCCAUCCCUCGCCUAGCUCUUCCAGAGCCCCUGUUCCUGGUGCUGGUGGUGGUGUGGGUGUCAUGCGGCGGAGGGAUAGCUAAGAAUAGCAGUUAUCCUUCAUCUCACUUCCCUCUCUCUCCCAUCCCUCCCCUCCCUCUGCGAGAGCCCCUGUUGAUGGUGCUGGGGGUGGUGUGGGUGUCAUGCGGCGGAGGGAUAGCUAAGCAUAGCAAGCUCAUGUUCAUGGUGCUGGUGGUGGGGUGGGUGUCAUGCGGCGGAGUGAUCGUAAAUCGCAGCAGUUAUCCUUCCCAUCCCUCCCCCCUCUCUCCCAUCCCUCCCCUCCCUCUGCGAGAGCCCAUGUUCAUGGUGCUGGGGGUGGUGUGGGUGUCAUGCGGCGGAGGGAUAGCUAAGCAUAGCAGUCAUCCUUCAUCUCACUCCCCUCUCUCUCCCAUCCCUCCCCUCCCUCUGCGAGAGCCCAUGUUCAUGGUGCUGGGGGUGGUGUGGGUGUCAUGCGGCGGAGGGAUAGCUAAGCAUAGCAGUCAUCCUUCAUCUCACUCCCCUCUCUCUCCCAUCCCUCCCCUCCCUCUGCGAGAGCCCCUGUUCAUGGUGCUGGGGGUGGUGUGGGUGUCAUGCGGCGCAAGGAAUAGAGGAAGCCAGCUCCUGUUCAUGGUGCUGGUGGUGGGGUGGGUGUCAUGCGGCGGAGUGAUAGCUCACCAUAGCAGCUAUCCUUCCUCUCCCUGCAUCCUCUCUCCCAUCCCUCCCCCACCUCUUCCAAAGCCCAUGUUCAUGGUGCUGUUGUUGGUUAUCAGCGAGACGCACAUAAUUAAGCUGAUGCAGCUGCGAGAGGCUAUGGAAGACAAAAUCAUCGUCGACGGCUUCAAACGCGCUUGGACGUCAUGGAAGAACGAUCGUGGCUUCCACCUCAAGCGCAGAGUGCUUGUAACUUUCGGCAAGAAGGUGCAAGGCCUGCGUGCAGCCGAUCUCUGGAUGGGCACCAAGAAGAAGAAGAAGAUGUGGAGAAAAUACCAACCGACUCUCCCCUUCCCUCCCGCCAUCCCGUUCUCUCCCUCCCUCCAUUUCUCUUCAGCCCUCCCCUUCUAUCCCGCCCUCCAUGUCUCUCCUGCCCUCCCCCUCUCUCCUGCCCUCCCCCUCUCCCCUGCCCUCCCCUUCUCUCCUGCCCUCCCCUUCUCUCCCGCCCUUCCCUGCUCUACUGCCCUCCAGCCAACCCUCCAUUCAUUCUAUACCGCCCUCCACUUCGUCCAUACCCUUUGGACAACCCCUAACCAUGUCGUGCAUGAUCUUCGUCCCCGCCUUGUCCUGCGUGCGCGCAAGAGGGAAUCAGCGGGUCAGCUCGUGGGGAAACAGCAGAGACGGGCUCCCGUUUGCCAACGGCCGAUUGACCAGGGCUUGGCAAAGGUUAAGAAGACCGACUGGAACGUCUCGAACUCCCACCGCAAGAACACCGAGUGGAUGACGGGUUUGCACCGAAAUGUGCGGUGGAUUAUCAAGGACCACUUCACACGCCACACCCCCGUGUACAACACAGUCGUGCAGGGCUUCAAGUGGGGCGACCGUGGCCUGUAUGUUCACGAGUCAGGAUUUGAGGCGUUCAAGGGGACGGCCGCGCCUGACGAGGAGAAGAAGGACUUGAAGGAGGAAGAGCAGGAGGUUUACGACGCGGAGGACUUGAAGACGGAUGACGAGGAGGAUGACGAGGAUCAGGAGGAGGAGGAGGAGGAGGAGGAGGAGGAGGAGGAGGAGGAGGAGGAGGAGGAGGAGGAGGAGGAGGAGGAGGAGGAGGAUGAGGAGGAGGAGGAACAUCGGGUGGCCCCAUGCCCGCUCCCUAUGUGGUCACUGCGCCCUCCGCCUCUCCUCAAACAACGCCGCCGUCGCUGUAGCCUCCUCCCCCGCCCCGCGUCCCGCAACUUCUCCGAGCAAGGGGAGGGCGAGAGGGCACGGGAGGUGGCGACCACGGCGAAGAGAAGUGGGGGCGAGAGGGCACGGCGGUGGCUGAUGGACGAGCUGGGGGCGCUGGGCGUGGACAGCGGGGAAGAGAAGUGGGGGAGGCGAGGAGUGGGGGUGGGUGAGGUCCGUUCUGCCCCUCACCCCAGCCCCUCCUCCGCACGCCUCGCCUUGCCUCCCCUACUCCUCCUCAGCACCAACUCCUCUUCUGAGCGACCCCAAAGGGACGACUUGGGGGCAGCAUGGGCGAGAGCAGUUGUGGAAACACAGGCGGAGCAGAGGUGGGAGCAUGCGAAGGGGUGGGGAGGGGAAGGGGGGUUUGGGGGACCUUGGGUCAGAACAUGGGGGGGAGCAUGA